UUUUCCUCUGGGUUGAUUUUCUCUCAAUUGACUGAUUGAUUUUAUUCUAAGUCAAUUCUUGCCUGUCAAUUGCCCUUCUCCCUCACCUCAUCUCAAUCAUGUCCGCCGACGCCAAGUCCGCUCCUGCCACGGAGCAGAAGGUGAAGCCCACCAAGCCCAAUGAGGAGACUUUCAAGGCCGAUUUGGCCCAGGCCGAGAAGGAGCACGCCGCUGUUCAGGAGAAGCUGAAUGAAAUCAAGGCCAAGAUCGAGACCGCCAAGCCCAACAACCAGGACUCGCCCACCGCGAAGAGACAGCAGGAACUCCGCGCCGAGCUGUCCUCGAUCCGCCAGAAGCAGUCGGGCUUCAAGGCCGGCCGCUCCAGCACCCAGGAGAAGAUCAACGCCCUGGACGCCACGCUCAAGGCCCGCAUCUCGGAACAGAACAACUCGCGCGGUCGCAUGUCGUUCAAGAACGUCGAGGAGCUGGACAAGGAAAUCGCCCGCCUCGAGAAGCAGGUCGACUCCGGCACGCUGCGCCUGGUUGACGAGCGCAAGAUCCUCUCCGACGUCUCCAACCUGCGCAAGCAGCGCAAGAACUUCGCCGGCCUCGAGGAAGCCCAGAAGGCCAUCACCGACCUGAAGAACCAGAUCGCCGCCCUCAAGAAGAGCCUCGACAACCCCGAGGCCAAGGCCCUCAGCGACAAGUACAACGAGAUCCAGAAGGAGCUCGACGCCAUCAAGGCCGAGCAGGACAGCGCCUUCAAGAACCUGAACGCCCUGCGCGACGAGCGCACCAAGCUGCACGCCGAGCAGCAGAAGAAGUGGACCGCCAUCCGCGAGAUCAAGGACAACUACUAUAAGGCCCGCAAGGCCUACAAGGAGUACGAGGAUGAGGCCUGGCGCGUCCGCCGCGAGAAGCAGAAGGCCCAGCGCGAGGCCUUCGAGCGCGAGAAGCGCAAGAAGGUCGCCGACAAGAAGCUGGAGGAGGCCUCCCGCCCCGCCUACACCGAUGAGAUCCUGAUCGGCCAGGGUCUGAUCCGCCACUUCAACCCCGCCUACGACUUCGCCGCGCUGGGUCUGGACGACAAGAAGGACGAGGGCUCCAACUUCCGCGCGGAAAUCGGCCGCACGGUCGAUGACUCCGGCCUGAAGGGCAUGAAGGUCCUGAAGAAGGAUGACGGCGAGGACUACUUCGUCGGCACUGGUGGCAAGAAGGGUAAGAAGGGCAAGAAGGGCGCCAACGGUAGCCCCGCCGCCGCUGCCCCGGCCGAGACCAAGUUCAACCUGAACGUGGGUGUCAUUGAGGACUUCGCCAAGGUCAAGAUCGACCCUCCCAUGAACCAGGCGGAUGUUCCUGCCGUGAUUGAGAAGCUCGCGGCCAAGAUCACCGAGUGGAAGAAGAACCAGGCCUCGAAGACCGAGGAGAACAUCAAGAAGGCCCAGGAGGAGAUUGCCCGCCUUGAGGCCGAGGAGACCGCCGCUGCCAACGACGACCGGGCGACCGAUGGCGCCAAGAAGGUGGCCAUCAAGAACAGCGGUGUCAACGGCAAGGUCUCUGCGGAUGCUGAGCUCAAGCAGGAGCAGGACGCUGUCGCCGACGUGACGGAAGAGCUCGAGAAGGCCACCGUCGAGGACCAGGCCUAAAUGGGCCGCUCCGACGUAUAGACCAUUGCAUUGCAUCGCAUUGCAUGCACUUGCACUUGCAUUUUGACCGCAAAAAGCCUCUGCGCAUGGUUAGAACCCAAAAGCUGACUAUAUAUUCGUGUGACUUUGGUUCUUUUCUUUGCAUCUACCCUUAUAACUUUCCUGUCAUCUCUCUGUUGCCUCCUAUGAUCCUCCCAUCAUCCUCCCCUCCACUUCGACCUGCUCCUCUGAUGAGAAGAAGCCAAUAUACACGGGUAUUGGUGACCUCUUUGAAAAACCGUGCGUUUGUAUGUUGGGACCGGCUUUGGGGCUGGUCUAUUUCCUUCUUGUGUAAUCAAUUUCAUCGAUUUCCUUUUGCUUUGUCAUACCUUUUUUUCUGCUGAAUCCGUGGACGAACC